AUGAGACCUCAGUUGCAAUGCCUUCCUGCCAAGCAUCUGCAAUUUCAUAAUGUUGGAGCAUUCACUGUAACCUGGGGCAUUGUGGCUUUCUAUAAGUUUGCUGUGGCCAAACUAAGAAAGAAGGCAUAUGCAUAUUUCUACAGAAAUUAUGAUUCCAUGAAAGAUUUUGAGGAGAUGAAGAAGGCUGGUAUCUUUCAGAGUGCAAAGUAA